UAAAGCGGCGGACCUGAGCCACGUGAUGGGUUUGCUAUGACAAACAGCUUCGCCUUCAAAAUAAGAAAAAAAAGCUACUGGACAGACCACUCGCCCAUUAACUAUUUUCCGUUUAUUUAGUAUUUUCAAAGUUCUUAAAAUGUGGCAUCUUUUCCUUGUGAUUCUUAUUCUCUCGUCUACAACUGAUUUAUCAAAUCAGGACGUGAUUGAUAACAUACUUCUGAGUUUAUCCAAGGGAAUUACAUACUUUGACAUGCAAGGAAGAAACAUCAACCUGGACGGUGUCGUUGGAUACCUAAUACUUCAAGCGCAGCUGCAGGAGGCAACUCGAACUUGGCCGCAUUCAGAUUUUCUGAGUCUCUCUCAGCGAGCGGCUGCUGUUUCUAUGUUGAAGAGACUGAACAAGAGCCUUUCUACUGCCGUCAGCGCUCUUCAGGAGACAGAUCCCAAAUACUACAAAGAGUUUGAGCCCAUUUUGGACGGCUCCUUCUGGUCCCUGCCUGCAGAAUGGAGCUCCACGGAUCCCUCUCUCGUUUAUACCUCAGUGAGGUCUAUGGAGUGCUAUGAUGAGCAGUUGAGUGACAAGUGCAUGACUCUCCUUCUAGGCACAUGGAAAGACAACGGAACCCCAUGCAUUGUGACCAAGUCUUGCAGAGACACAAUGACGCAAUUCGGAUGUCCGCACUAUUCCCUGUCCCACCAGCUACUGUACUUCAUGAUAGGAAUGAUGAAAGGGUGCUCCAGAAUGCUGAAGGGGGACCUGAGACUGUCUCGUGUCAACAUUACUGUGGACCAUUAUAAGAGAAUCUUCUGCUCCAACAUGAUGAAAAGCAACCAGGACAUUUUCAAGAAUGCUAUUACUGCUCAAAUGCAGGACAUUUUUAUAGAAAACAUUCUUUUAUGUGGUUUAGUGGGAUUCUCGGACUUCUAUAAACUGGACUGGUUGCAGUCUAUUCUAACAUGGCAAGAUCAAGAAGCAGGCUGUUUUGGCAAAGAGGAGGACAUCUCCCAGAUCUUCGAGGAAUUCUUGGAUGCACCCCACAAACGGGUGAAAAGAAGAGAAAAAACACUGACAGAUGGCUGCUCAAGUCAUAUGACAGGAGUUGCAGUGAGUACAUUAGGAGGAUUUCUCAACUAUUACCUUUCAGAGCAGGACAUAACGAAGAGACCCUUAAUUUAAGGCCGUGCUUCAUGAGAUAAAUCAUUACAGAACUCAGUUUCCUUCUUUAUCAUGCUUUACAGAUAUUUAUUCUUUCCUCUUUGAUCAUUUUAAUGAAAGUGCUGUAGAUUUAAUGAUAUGUACACGAUUCCAAGACAAUGAAUAGAAAGGCAAAUGUUUUAUGGUAAAACCAAGAAAAUGUAUAUUUUAUAUCAAAUAAAUAAAAAAAACCAUACAGUA